CUCUGUGGUCGGGCGAUGAUGGACACGCACAGCAGCCAAUGGGAAUUGCGGACCGGCUUUGGCGCGCGGAAGGAGAGGCCAAUGGGAGUGCUGGGGGCGGGGCUCGGCGGGAUGCCGCGGGAGGGAGCUCUUGACGAUCCAGCUGUGGCCCCAGAUGUUGAGGACCCCCAAAAACACCUUCCCUGCCCCCGAAACACCCUAGAUGUUGUCUGGAAGGGGCCAGAUCCAGAUGCUGGGGACCCAAAAACACCCAAAGUGUCCCAAAAUACCUUGGAGGCUCCAGAUGUGGCAGCAGAAACUCCAAAUACAGAUGUGCUGCAGGCCAAAAAUGGGCACCAGAUGUUGCUGAUGGACAGUGACACAGAUGUUGAGGAGGAAGGGCCAAAUCCAGAUGUUGCCCCACCAAAACAUCUUAAAAUUACCCCAAAUGUGCCCGAAACUCCAGAUGUGGGGCUGAAAAUCCCUAAUCCAGAUGUUCCAUGGCUUAAAAAUGGGUGUGGGAUGCUGCAGGUGGAGAGUGACACAGAUGUAGAGGAGGAGGAGGAGAUUGAUCUAGAUGUGGAGCUCCCAAAACGACUGAAAAUGACCCAAAAUGUUCCAGAAACUCCAGAUGUGGUAGCGAAGACCCCAAAUCCAGAUGUUUCAGGCCCAAAAAUGCGAUGUAGGAUGCAGGUGGUGGGCAGUGACACAGUUGUGGAAGAGGAUCCAUAUGUGCAACCCCAAAAAAGGCUCAGAGUGACCCAAAACAUGCCUGGAAUUCCCGAUGUGGAGGUGGAAACCCCAAAUCCAGCUGUGGGAAUGCCCAAAACUGGACACUGGACAAUGCUGGUGGACAGCAACACAGAUGUGGAGGGGGAGGAGGAGAAUCCAGAUGUGCAGCCCCCAAAACAACUCAGGAUGACCCAAAAUGUGCCUGAAACGCCAGAUGUGGCAGCAUCGGCCCCAAAUCUUGAUGUUUCAGGCCCAAAACUCCAUUCCUGCAUGCUGCUGGUAGACAGCGAUACAGAUGUGGAAGAUGAAGUGAAUCCAGAUAUGCAGCCCCCAAAAAGGCUCAGGAGGACCCAAAAUGUGUCCAGAAUUCCAGGUGUGGAGGUGGAAACCCCAAAUCCAGCUGUGGAAAGGCCCAAAAUUGGUCAUCACACGUUGGUGGUGGACAGUGACACAGAUGUUGAGGAAGAUGCAGAUAUGCAGCCCCCAAAAAGGCUCAGGAUGACCCAGAAUGUGCCUGAAACUCCAGAUGUGCAAUGGGGGACACCAAAUCCAGAUGUUUCAGGCCCCACAAUCGGGUAUCAGAUGCUGGUGGACAGCAGUGACACAGAUGUGGAGGAGGAUCCAUAUGUUGAAACCCUAAAAAAGCUUGAAAUGACCCAAAAUGUGCCUGAAAGUCCAGAUGUGGUGACACAGACCCCAAAUCCAGAUGCUGGAGUGACCAAAAAUGGAUGUCAGGCACUACUGAUGGAGAGUGAUACAGAUGUGGAAGAGGAGGAAGGGAAUCCAGAUGUUUGUCCUUCAAAAAGAUGGGAAAAUCUUCAAAACAUGCUCCAAACUCCAGAUGUGCCCACACAGCCCCCAAAUCCAGCUGUGGAGGCCUCCCAGAGGCGCAGGGCGCUGCUGGACGACAGCGACACAGAUGUGGAAGAGGAGGAAAAACCAGAUGUUGGAUCCCUACAAAGACUGAAACCAGCCCCGAACGUGCCUGAAACCCCAGAUGUGAGGCUGAAAAUGCCAAAUCCAGAUGUUUCAGGCACAAAAAUUGGCUGUGGGACAUUGCUGGUGGACAGCGAGACAGAUGUGGAGGAGGAUGAGACAGGUCCAGAUGUUCGGCCUUUAAAAAGACGGAAAAUGACCCCAAAUGUACCUGAAUCUCCAGAUGUGCUCACACCAUCUCCAAAUCCAGCUGUUGGAGGCACUGAAUCCAGAUGUGUAGCCUUGGUGAUGGAAAGCGACACAGAUGUGGAGGAGGAUGAGGCUUGUCCAGAUGUUUGGCCCUCAAAAAGACAGAAAAUUACCCAAAAUGUGCCCGAAACGCCAGAUGUUGGGAGGCACCAAAGGACCCAAAAUGUGGCUGAAACUCCAGAUGUGGAGGACGAAGAGGAAGGGUGGGAUCCAGAUGUGGCCACCCAGCUGUUCCUGCCCUCAAAUCCAGAUGGGGAGGAGGCUGAGGUGGAUCCAGAUGUUGGGAGCCCAAAACAACUCCAAAUUACCCAGAAGCCACAUGAAAUUCCAGAUGUGGAGAAGGGAGAGGAGUCAGAUCCAGAUGUAGCCACCCAGCUGUUUCUCCCCUCUCCAGAUGUUGGGACCCCAGAAAGCCCCAAAAUGGCCCCAAAGGACCCCAAAAUCCCAGAUGUAGAGGGGCUGCCCUCCUUGGAACCAGAUGUGGCCACGCAGCUGUUCCUGCCCCCACAUCCAGGUGUGGGCGUUGGCCCAAAUCCAGAUGUUCUGGGUCCAAAACAACACAAAAUGGCCUCAAAUUACCCCAAAAUUUCUGAUGUGAGGGCAGAGAACCCAGAUCCAGAUGUGGAGGGGGAGGAGGACUUGAAUGUGGCCACCCAGCUGUUUCUGCCCCCUGAUCCAGAUGUGGAGGGGGAAGGACCCUCAGGUCCAGAUAUUGGGUCCUCAAAACCACUCAAAAGUCCCCUAAACCCGCCUGAAGUUCCAGAUGUGGACAUGGACAGCCCGAAUCCAGAUGUGGAGGCGUCACUGAGAGGCCACAGGAAGUUACUGGGGGAUGCUGAUCCAGGUGUGGAGGAGGCAGACCCAAAUCCAGAUGUGGCAGCCUCAAGAAGACCCCAAAUGGCCCCGAAAGUCCCCAGAAUUGCAGAUGUGGAGGCGGACACUCCAAGUCCAGAUGUGGAGGAGCUGGGGAGCCCUGACCUGGAUCCAGAUGUGGCCACUCAGCUGUUCCUGCCCUCCAACCCAGUUGUGGGGUGCCUGGAAAGCCCCAAAAUGGCCCUGGAGGAAUCCCAAAUUCCAGAUGUGGAGCAAGAGCCCCCAAAUCCAGAUGUUGGGGAUCCCCCAAGCCCCACCCAGGAGGAAGCAGAAGCUCCACCCACCCUGCAGGUGCGACGCAGUCGGCGAUUGGCUGAGAUCGGAGGGGGCGGAGCCUCUCGUGGCCCCGCCCCCACCCAGAAGAGGCACGAUGGGGGCGCCAAGCCCCGCCCCUCGGCCAAGCCCCACCCACAGAGGGGGCGGGGCCGAGCAGGGGCGGGGCCAGAAGAAGCCACACCCCCAGUGUCCAUAAAAGGAAGUGGGCGGGGCCCGGCGGUGGCCCCGCCCCCAGAGGAGGCGGAGCCAGCAGGGGGCGCCAAGCGCAGGCUCCGCCCCCGGGCAGCGCCGGGCUCCGCCCACAUCCGGGUGCUGUUCACGGGCCUGGUGGCCUCUCCGGCGCUGCGGGUGGCCCUGGGGACGCUGGGUGGCACCGAGGCCACGUCGGUGCACGACUGCAGCCACCUGGUGACCGAUGGCAUCCGCCGGACACUCAAGUUCCUGUGUGCCCUGGGCAGGGGCGUCCCCAUUGUCACCCCCCAGUGGCUGCUAGAGAGUUCCCACAUUGGCCGCCCGCUGUCCCCAGGUCCCUUCCUGCCCCGGGACCCCCCCUGUGAGCGGCGCUUUGGCUUCCGGCUGCGCCCAGCGCUGGCCCGGGCCCGGGAGCGGCCCCUGCUGCAGGGGUACCAGGUGCACGUCACCCCCAGUGUCCAGCCGUGCCCCGAGGACAUGCGGGACAUUGUCACCUGCUGUGGUGGCACCUUCCUGCCCCAGCUGCCCCGGGAACACGCGCCCCGUGUCCUGGUGAUCUCGUGUCCCCAGGACCGCGGGCUGUGGCCCCCGGCCGUGGCCGCGCGGCUCCCGCUGCUCUCGGCCGAGCUGCUGCUCUCGGGGGUGCUGCAGCAGCGCCUGGAGCUGGCCCCGUUCCUGCUGAGCCCCUGGCAGCCCCCCGAGACACCCCCAAAUCCCACCCCAAACCAAAAACACCCCACCCAAAAACCCCCAAAUUCUGCCCAGAAACAGAAAAAUCCCUCCCAAAAAACCCCAAAUCCCCCCCCAGACACCCCAAAUCCCACUCAAAGAAGCAAAAAUCCCCCACAGAAACCCCCGAAUCCCACCCAAAAUGCUCCAAACCCACCCCAAAAAACCCCGAAUCCCUUCCAGAAGCAAAAAAAUCUCCCCCGGAAGCGCCCAAAUCCCACCCAAAGUACCUCACCCCAAACCCAUGCCUGGCCACAUUUUGGGGGCUCCUCCCCCCCGCCGAGCCCCCCCAGGACCCGGAGUGGACGGAGAACCCCCCAAAAUCCCCCCCCAAAAGCCCCAAAUUCAGGGACCCUCCAAAAAACCCCAAAUCCACCCCAAAAAACCCCAAAACGGCCCCAGGGUCAUUCAGAGGUUCCUGACCCUGAUUUUGGCAUCCCAGGCCCCCCACCGGAUCCCCCCAGGACCCGGAGCCAUCGUGGACCCCCCCAAAAUCCCCCUUGGGACCCCCCAAGUUCAGGGACACCCAAAGAAACCCCAAAGCGGUCCCCAAAAAACCCAAAUCCACCCAAAAAAACCCCCAAACACCUCCAGAGUCUUUCAGGGGGUUCUAACCCCAAUGCUGGGGUUCCAGAUCCUCCCCUUGACCCCCCCCAGGAGCCCCCCAGGACCCGGAGUGGGCGCAGACACCCCCCAGAUCCAGGGAACACCCCAAAAACCCCAAACCGGCCCCAAAAUGCCCCACAUUCCACCCAAAACCAAAAAAAGCCCACCCAAAAACUCCCAAAUCCUUCCCAGGAACUGAAAAAUCCCUCCCAAAAAACCCCAAAUCCCCCCUCAAAAACCCCAAAUCCCACUGAAAAAAGCAAAAAUCCCCCACAGAAACACCCAAAUUCCACCCGAAAACCCCCAAAUUCCUCCCCAAAACGGCCCCGGAGUUCCCCCGAGGGUUCCCUCCCCAGUUUUGGGGUCGCUGAGCCCCCCCCGAGCCCUCCCCGCACCCGGAGCCGCCGGGGGAUCCCAAUAAAGUGAAUUUGGGCAGCGGA